AUGAAUUGUAAAAAUGAUAAUUUAACACUAAUUUCUUUUAAUUGUAAAAGUAUUGAGAGAUCGUUUGAAGAUGUAAGAGAUUUAUGUGAGAAAGCCGAUUGUGUAAUUCUACAAGAGACCUGGUUACUGCCAUGGGACAUUCCGAUUUUAGGGAAAAUACACAAAGAUUUUGGUUACACGGGAAAUUCAGCAAUAGAUGUAGGCGCUGAAAUACUUCGAGGAAGGCCAUAUGGAGGAGUUGCUAUUUUAUGGCGAAAAAGUGUCUUUCAGAGUGUAUCGGUAAUUACGAGUAUUAAUUUGAUUAAAACGAUAGUUGUACUGAUAGUGAAGAAUAAGACUGGAGAUAUUUCAGAUAAGAGCAAUUACAGGCCUAUCUCUUUAGCAACAGUGACGGCAAAGGUGCUCGACAGGCUACUAAGCAAUGAGUUACAAAAAGUUCUUCAGAUUCACGAAGCAUAG